ACAACGCACGAUUCACAUCCUCCUCCUCUUGACCCCAAAACUUCCCACUUCAACACUUCAGUUCUAAAAAGUUCACUCUUACUCAAAUACCCAGAAAUUUUCAUUGAUGUUUUGUUCAAAAAAUGGAAUAUUCAAAUCAUUUGCAAUCUUCCCAUGAUUCAAAUUAGAAAUUAAUUUCUAGGUUUUUGCUGAUGAUUUGACUUUUUUUGAAGAAAGGAUGGUUCAGAGUAAGAUUAGGGUCAAAGAAAACGACGAAAAUAGUGUUGGAGCGUCCAAGAGGAGAAGCAUUGCGGAAUUUGAUCACUGGGCUUUUCUGGAAGAAAUUGAGGCACCUAUGUGGGCUGAUCUUACAUUGGAGACAAAGCUGAUAUCAGAAGACAAUGAUGAAGCAUGGUUCCACGCAAGCCACCCGUUCCAUCAUCAUUCUGCACGCCAUAUGAGAUCUGCAUUUGCACAUCCAGAUGUGGGAAAUGACCUCUUCAAUUUAGGUUCUCCAAAAUAUCCGUCUUCUGUUUCAAAAUCAAGAGGCAAAGACUACAAAAAUAGAGACUGGAAAAUCAACUGUCGUCAGAUUUCAUUUAAUAAAGACCACCCUGUAAAUGGUUUGGGUGAUAAAAAUUCAAUAACAAAUACAGUUUCUAGUCAGGAAUGUGAACUGAACCAUGACCAUAAAAGUGGGACUUCUAGUUCGAUCACCAGUGUGGUAUUAGAUUCAGAGAGAAGUGUUGCUCUGAAUUCUCUGUCAUCAAGUACAAGUGGGGCUUCAACAAGCACCGUAACAACUGUAAGUAUGCAACCAGAUUUAGAGAGAAGAGUUGCUCUGAAUUCCCAGUCAGCAAGUACAAGUGGGGCUUCAAUAAGCACCAUAACAACUCUAAGUAUGAAACCAGAUUCAAAGAUUUUGGAGGUGUCAAAAGAGGCAUUUGGUCAUACAGGUGGUCUGUUGAAUGCUUUAAGAACCAAUCUCAGAAAAAGUCGUGCCAUUGGAGCCAUAAGACCAGCAUCAAGGGUUCAAAUAAGUGAUGAUAGAGAAUCUAACAGGCGUCAAUCUUCCGCUGGCAAGUCCAGUAUGGGCUCUUCUAGUACUGGAUAUGAUACAAAAGGUGAGGGAUUUGCUGCAGUGCCAAAAACUGAUCGUUGCAAGCAACUGAAAGUAGAGAUGAACGUGAAUAAAGGAUCAAAAGGUCAAGGAUUCUCAAAUCCAAAGUUUGAAAUUAAGAAAAAAGCUGCUGAUUUGAAACUUAAUAAAGAUAGAAAUCUGAAUUUUACAGACCUUCGGAAAUCGACAAAACCUGUCCAUGGUAGGGUAAUAGCUAAAAAGAUGACUGAGACGUCUGUUUUCACAAGGAACACUUUCAGCUCCAAGAUAAAGGGUAAAGAUACUGCAGAAGCAUCUAGAAGCCAGGCAGCUUUAAAGUCAAAGGUUCUACUUCAAACAACUCAUACAAAUUCUUUGAAUCUGUCGAGAACUGGAGCCCAAGGUGUCAAGGGUAAAGUAGGGAGCAACCCGUUUAGUAAAGGUGCGAGCAGUGGAAAGGAGAACACGCGAGGAAGAGUAGUUUUGAGUCAUAGAUCUGGUGGUAAAGACGAGUCAGUUGUAAGAGUAUCAGAUCACGAGGUACCCAAAUUCAAGUCAAAAACCAAAGUCGGAGUGACAUCAAAUGAUCACAAAUUCAACUCAAAGCCCAAAGUUGGAGUUACGUCAAUUGAUCACAAGGUAUCCAAAUUCAAGUCAAAACCCGAAGUUGGAGUAACAUCAAUUGAUCACAAGGUACCCAAAUUUAAGUCAAAACCCGAAGUUGGAGUGACAUCAAUUGGUUCUAAGGCGAGGAUCGGUAGAAUGAAUGACAUCAUCAUGUCACUGGAUACUCGGGUCCAUCUUAGAUGAAGAUUGCUGAUGCAAAGUACAAGUUUUGUAUAUAAGAAGUAUAUGAUUUUCGCAGUAACUCUUCAUUACUGAUAGAUAACUAACAAAUGUACUCCCUUUUGCUCACUUUGGGUGAAAUGCCUGUAAUUUUAACCUCUCAAAGAGGUAGUUUUCACCAUGUA